AUGUUUGAUCUGCUCAGAUGGUUUAUUGUCAUGCUACCAAGCCAUACAGCGUUGUCUACUAUCGCUACUACUACUACUACUACUACUACUACUACUACUACCACUAUACUAGCCACUGCCUGUGCCGAAACUCGUCACUUUACCACACUUACAACUACUAUUAUGGUCACAAUUGCCAGGCGAGCAAACACACUGGCUCGUGUGUGUUUGGACAGCACACUUUUUGAUGUGGCGGUCAGUGGGUUGGUGGGCGGGAAUUCGCCCAGACCUUCCUUAACAGGCCUAUCAGGCCUUAGUACAGUUUCUGGCGGCUGGACAACAUGA